AUGGAGCAUGUUGGAGAGAAAAGGAAGAACUCGGACUCUUUUCACGGGGGUGAAAAGAGGCAUAAUCCCAAUAGUAACAACCAUGGGAAUUUUGGAUAUAGGAGGGACAAUAAGGGGAUCUUUGGAAAAGGGAAUGGGGGCCAAUCGUCCAAUGCUAGAGGGAAUGGAAACCAAGGGGGUGAAAGACCCAAGAGGAAGUACAUAUGUAGGCGGUGUGAGAAAGACCACCUAGGGAAGGACUGCGAAGGGAAACCGGUAACUUGCCGUUAUUGUCAGAAAUUGGGACACCGUGAAUACGAGUGUUACAAGAAAGAGGUUGACGUUAAGUCAGGGAGGGUGAAAGAGUCUAGUGUUCCUAGCAAACCAUCUCAGCCUAGUGGACCUACACCCAAGGUUGGAACCAGUAGCGUUGCAGGAGGUGCCCCAAAGGGUCGUGUGUUCGUGAUGAACAGUCGUGAGGCUGAAACUGUUAAUGAUGUGGUAAUUGGUGUUUUCCUUACAAAAUUUCCGCCAAACUUGAUCGAGUUUGAUUUGAGGGAUCUCGAUGUGAUUCUGGGUAUGGAAUGGUUGGGAAGGUACGAGGCAAAGAUUGAUAAUGCAUCUAAAAAGGAUACUUUGACUAGCCCAAGUAAGACCAGAGUGGUGUAUAAAAAGGAAGGGAAAAGUUCAGGGUUGAGAAUUACUUCUGCAAUGCAAUUACAGAAGAUAGUUAAGAAGGGUUGUUCUCUGUUUUUGUGUAAUGUUCAAGAGAUUGAAAGUGAGGAAAAGAAGGGUGAUGGAAGUAUUCCUGUUGUAGAAGAGUUUCCUGAUGUAUUUCCAAAUGAGAUUCCUGGUAUGCCACCAGUAAGGGAUGUUGAAUUCACUAUCGACCUAGUGUCUAGUACUUGA